AUUUCGAAAUACUCUCUGACAUCAGAGUAGGGACGGCGCUUUUAUUCUGAAGAAACCAGAGCGGAAGUGCUGCUGCUGAGGAAGCAAAAAGUAGAGCGCGAGCCUGGAGAGCUCCUGAGAACAGACGAGAUGGAAAACGUUUCCAUUGACAGUUUAAUCCUGAAGCUCCACGAUGUGGACGCGGUGAAAUUUGGAGAAUACAAGCUGAAGAGCGGCAUGAAGACACCCAUUUAUGUCGACCUGAGGGUCCUCGUGUCCUACCCAGCGCUCAUGAACCAGGUGUCAAGUCUCAUUUACCAGCGUGUACAAGAAGAGGGACUCCAGUUUGACUCAGUGUGUGGGGUUCCAUACACUGCCCUGCCUUUGGCCACGAUCAUCUGUUCUAGACAUGAACUGCCCAUGCUCAUCAGGCGAAAGGAGGCCAAGGACUAUGGAACCAAGCGUCUGGUGGAGGGCUCAUUUCAGGAGGGGGACAUAUGCCUGAUCAUCGAGGACACAGUGACCAGUGGCAGCAGCAUCCUGGAGACUGCUGAAGUGCUCAACAAAGGGGGACUGAAGGUGACAGAUGCCGUAGUACUAAUGGACAGAGAGCAAGGCGGUGUCGAUAAGUUGGCUUCUGAGGGAAUCAAGCUCCAUCCCAUCAUCUCCAUGUUCAAGCUGCUUGACGUGCUGCUGGCAGCUGAACGCAUUGAUGCUCCAACUGCCCAGAAUGUCCGCAAGUUCAUCCAGGACAACAACACGUUCCGGCGCAAGGAGGAGAAUGGCAAUGGGGUUCCUGCCACCAAGAAGCCAUGUAUGGAACAGAACAUUGAGCUGAGCUACGCAGACAGAGCCAAACAACCCAACGUCCACCCUCUGGCAUCAAAGCUGCUGAAGACCAUGGAGAAGAAGCAGUCUAACCUCUGUGUGUCCGCCGAUGUGACGAGCAGCGAGGAGCUUCUUCAGCUAGCUGACUCUCUGGGUCCCAUCAUCUGCAUGCUGAAGACCCACGUAGACAUCCUAAAGGACUACACAGCGACCUUCAGCCAGAGACUGCAGGCUUUGGCUGAGAAACACAACUUCCUCAUCUUUGAAGACCGCAAGUUUGCUGACAUUGGGAACACAGUGAAGCAUCAGUAUGAAGGUGGUUUGUACCAGAUUUCGUCUUGGUCCCACAUAGUAAAUGCCCACGGGGUGCCGGGGCCCGGGGUAGUGAAGGGCCUGAGCGCUGUAGGAAAGCCUCUGGGCCGAGGCUGCUUACUCAUAGCACAGAUGAGCUCCCAGGGGUCACUGGCUACUGGUGAAUACACAAAUGCUGUGCUGAAGAUGGCAGAGGAGCAGUCAGACUUUGUGAUUGGCUUUAUCUGUGGCUCUAAGAUCACCAAGAGGCCGGAGUUCAUCCACAUGACCCCCGGGGUGCAGAUGCAGGCUAGAGGUGAUGGGUUGGGCCAGCAGUACUCCACCCCAGAGGAAGUCCUCUACAACAAAGGCUCUGAUGUCAUCAUCGUCGGUCGGGGUAUCCUGGAGGCCCCUGAUAGGCUGAAAGCUGCUGAAUCAUACAGAAAGUCCGGCUGGGAGGCUUACACAAAGAGACUGGGCCGAUAGGAGCUCAACCAAAGAGUCGUAUCUGCAUCAUUACGUAUAAUUUUAAAUUUAUGCUGCAAAUCUAAUAAAGGACCGCUGCGGAUUACCUUUCAGUAUUUUUCCCUUUUACACCAGUGUCACCAUAGUUGGUUACAUAGAAACAUGCAGACCUUUGUAGGAGGUACCUGGCAGGAGUGGGGAACCGGACACUUUACUGUCGAACAAAUGUAAAUGCGCUCUUUUGAUUCUGUCCUAUUAAUGAACUGCACAACUUGACCUGAAGUGCACCUGUUAAGGUACUUUAUGGUCAAGUUUCAACAGAAUGAGAAGGUGUCAGUAUUCCGUUUUUUUUUUUUUUAAUUAGAUUUAAUUCCUUCUGUCCAUGUCUAACCAUGCAGAUUUUUUUUUUUUUUUUCUCUUCAUUUGACUGUUAAACUCAGUCACCUGAUUUGUUUUUCAAAGCAGAAUGUGUCAUUACCUUGACAAAAUCUACUGCUUCCAAUCAGGCUGAAGCUUUUCUUUGUCACAAAUAAGAGUAGGAAUGGCUAUUUCUUAAUGGAUGUAUAAGAUUUACAUUGUAAUUCAUGGCAUUUUUAAGUACACAUUUGUCAAUUUAGAUCUUAAGCAUCACAUUUUAACAUGAGCACAGGCGUACUAAUGUUAAGAUCCAGCUUCACUAAGUAUCAAGUUAGUUUUAAAAUUGUACAGUUAGUUAAUUUCAUAGAAAAUGGAACAGCAUGGUCAGUUACAAUUCAGUAAUAGACAGUUAUGUUUGUGUGUGUGUCUGUGUGUGUAAAAGGAUGGCUCUUGAUAUACCUGAUUGAUUGCAAUUCCCUGAAGAGAAUAUGACAUAACAUUGCGGAUGGUGUGAACUGUGUUCAGCCAUCUUGGCAUUUACUUUUAGUAUUGUAGAUGAUCAGUGUGUAACCCCUGAAAUUGUGUUUUAGUUACAAGAUGAGGGAUUGCUAAAAGCAGCCUGGUUAGUUGUCAACUGUCUUGAUUAAGUCCAAUGUCUGCUGCCAUAUUGCUAACAAUGCUGAGGGAAGGCCAACCUUUUUCUAAAGUGAUAUGACUUCAGUUAUAAUGUGACAUGAUCAGUAAUCUUGUCUCUCCAAAAAGCAUAGGUUAACAAGUUUUGCUUAGA